CCUGGCACAAAAGCGGUAGCUGUUGUUAGACUUAAUAGGUCUUUGUACCCCUGGGUAGCCGCAGUUGCCAUAGGGAGCUCCUGAGGGGUAGCUCGGCCAAAGAGGUGAAUUUCGGGCCCAGGAUGGUGAUGGCGACGGUUUGGGCCCCAGUACUGCCCUAGGCUGCGCUCCUCGGACUCCUCUCCACCCGGUUCCUGGGCUACGACCCGCCUCUGACGGUCUCGCCCAGGCCCAGGCCGCACGAGAGAGCUGAGGCCGCCUACGCCGCGGGGGGAACGUAGUGUGGGCGGAACUCGAGUGCAGCGGCAGGAGGCUUCCGGGGGAGCCGCAAGGGCAACGGGUCGGCGGAGGCAGAAAAGCGUCGGACGCCGGGCCGAUCAUGGACGCUUGACAACCUGCGGACGGGCGCCGGGAGGCCGAGCCAGCGACCGAGAGGACGGAGAGGUGGCGAGGAUCUCAAGGCCAGAGAAUGGCAGGUGAACAGAAACCAUCAAGUAACCUCCUAGAACAGUUUAUUUUACUAGCCAAAGGUACCAGUGGCUCAGCCCUCACUGCUCUCAUAAGCCAAGUCUUGGAGGCUCCUGGAGUGUAUGUCUUUGGAGAACUGCUGGAGCUGGCCAAUGUGCAGGAGCUUGCAGAAGGAGCUAAUGCUGCAUAUUUGCAGUUGCUGAACCUGUUUGCCUAUGGAACAUACCCAGAUUACAUAGCCAACAAGGAGAGCCUGCCAGAAUUGAGCACAGCUCAGCAGAACAAGCUGAAGCACCUUACCAUCGUGAGCUUGGCGUCGAGAAUGAAGUGUAUCCCCUACUCCGUGCUGCUGAAGGACCUGGAGAUGCGGAAUCUCCGGGAACUGGAAGACCUCAUCAUUGAGGCUGUCUAUACUGACAUCAUCCAGGGCAAGCUGGACCAGAGAAACCAGCUGCUGGAAGUGGAUUUUUGCAUUGGCCGUGACAUCCGAAAGAAGGAUAUCAAUAAUAUUGUCAAGACCUUGCAUGAAUGGUGUGAUGGCUGCGAAGCAGUUCUGCUGGGCAUCGAGCAGCAAGUUCUGAGAGCCAACCAGUACAAGGAGAACCACAGCCGAACUCAGCAGCAGGUAGAGGCCGAGGUUACCAACAUUAAGAAGACACUCAAAGCCACCGCCUCCUCCUCGGCUCAGGAGAUGGAGCAACAGUUGGCUGAACGGGAGUGUCCCCCUCACGCUGAGCAGAGGCAGCCCACCAAGAAGAUGUCCAAAGUGAAAGGUCUGGUCUCCAGCCGCCACUAGGGCCGGCUGGGGCAGCUGGCACUCACCAGGCCUGGGUCAGGUGGGGAGGGGACACCAAGGGCCUAUUUCCUCCCCUCUCUACCUUCAGUGAGUUCCAGACCUGCCCGUCCCCUCACCAGCGCCUCCCACCCUGUUGGUACUGUUCCAGAAGAACCGUUAAUCCUUCCCUCACCCACUCCCUCCUCCCCCAGUUCCUUCAGACUCAGGGGCUCCACUGAUGCCAUCCCAACAGGGUCAGACACUGCCCAGCUUUCCUCCAGGAGGUUCUCGUCUCUGUGUAAGGGCUUGUCUCCCUCCCAGUUUUUCUUUUGCUCCAUGUCAUUUUGUCAGGCUGGUCAUAAGCCGGAGGCAGCUUUAGCCGGCCCACAGGGAUGACUGCGGAGGAGGCCCCUCUCUGCGUGAGGAGGGGGGUGUGCCUUCUCCAGCCCAUGUACCACAGCUCCCACACUGGUGCAGGUGAUCUCUAGCCAGGUAUCAAAUGCUUUGUUUCCCCUCUCCUGCCUUAUCCCUUGUUGGCAGCUCCGAUCAGGCCACGGAGGGAUGUGAUGCUGGGCUAUGUUUACUAAACCUGCGGGUUUUCAGCCUCUUAAGCCCAGCUCCAAUCUCUCAUCCAUUGGGAGCACUAACCUCUGGAAUCUGAGCACCAGUGGAGGGCGCUGUGGGUCUGCUGGGUGGCAGAAGUUUCUUCCGGGUUGGUGUUCUCUGCUGGCCGUGCUUCCUGCUGCCCCUGACCACUCAGACUGGUUUUCGGUGCGAAGGCCCCAGCUGCCACCCGGGACUGUCUGCGACACUUGCCCUCCCGAGAUCUUUAAUCCCUCCCGGCUGUGUCCAUGCUGGGGAUGGCAGUGCCCAGGCCCCUCUGUCUGGUGAAGGACCUGUUGCUGCUUCUGUUUCUCUCUUUCUGCCCCUCCUUGGCUGAUGACCCAGGGCCCUCUGAUGACGGCAUUCUCCUGGCAAGAGAAAAGGACUUGACUGGCCUUUCUGAACUUGACUGUUUCAGGUUAUAUUUUAAUUUUUUUUUUUUUUUGUACAGGUUCUGAUUCUAAUACAUUUCAACAUGCUUUUUUUCCCCUUCGUGUCAAUAUUUGUUACAGACUAAUCGCCGGGGAUUUUUCACCUGGUUGGAGGGUGGCAUGUGUGUAUGUGUGCGUGUGUUGUAGUUGUUGUUGUUGUUUUUAAAGGGGAGGUGGUGGUCCUGGACUGACUUACUCAAGUUCAUUGAGAGUAAAAGCACAUUUUAGAACAAAAAAUAAAAGUGUAGAUUUAACGUA